GGCAGGAUGCGGAUGGAUAUGACCGCACGCUGCAUCAUAUAAAGAUUCUGGUCUGUCAUAAGGAAGUCCUUUUCCCUAUUUCACUGCGUCAGAGAGCAGUAGGGACAAGACGUUGGUUGCAUUUCAUUCAAGAUAUAUAUAUAUAUAUAUAUAUAUAUAUAAGUCAGCGGAACACACAAGAUGCCUGAAGAAGUGCACCAAGAGGAGGCUGAGACCUUUGCCUUUCAGGCAGAGAUCGCUCAGCUCAUGUCCCUGAUCAUAAACACCUUCUAUUCCAACAAAGAGAUCUUCCUCAGGGAGUUGAUCUCCAAUGCCUCUGAUGCUUUGGACAAAAUUCGCUAUGAAAGUCUGACUGAUCCUUCCAAGUUGGACAGCGGCAGGGAUCUGAAGAUCGAUAUCAUUCCUAACAAAGCUGACCGCACACUGACUCUAAUUGACACUGGAAUUGGCAUGACGAAAACUGACCUGAUUAACAACCUGGGUACCAUCGCAAAGUCUGGCACAAAGGCCUUCAUGGAAGCCCUGCAGGCUGGAGCUGACAUCUCGAUGAUUGGUCAGUUUGGUGUGGGUUUCUACUCUGCCUAUCUUGUUGCUGAGAAAGUGGUGGUCAUCAGCAAACACAAUGAUGAUGAGCAGUAUGCCUGGGAGUCUUCUGCUGGAGGCUCAUUUACUGUGAAGCUCGGCAGCGGAGAACCUAUUGGUCGUGGAACAAAGAUUAUCCUGUAUCUGAAAGAGGACCAGACUGAGUACGUUGAGGAGAAGAGGAUCAAGGAAAUAGUAAAGAAGCACUCCCAGUUCAUUGGCUACCCCAUCACCCUCUUUGUGGAGAAGGAGCGCGAUAAGGAGAUCAGUGAUGAUGAGGCAGAAGAAGAGAAAAUAGAGGAGGAUGGUGAGGACAAGCCCAACAUUGAAGAUGUCGGGUCAGAUGAAGAAGAGGACUCAAAGGACAAAGACAAAAAGAAGAAGAAGAAGAUCAAGGAGAAGUACAUUGACGAGGAGGAGCUGAACAAGACGAAGCCCAUCUGGACCAGGAAUCCUGAUGACAUUACCAACGAGGAAUACGGAGAGUUCUACAAGAGCUUGACUAAUGACUGGGAGGAUCACCUUGCUGUAAAGCACUUCUCAGUAGAAGGUCAGCUUGAGUUCCGGGCACUGCUCUUUAUUCCUCGCCGUGCACCCUUUGACCUCUUUGAGAACAAGAAAAAGAAGAAUAAUAUCAAGCUUUAUGUCAGGAGAGUGUUUAUCAUGGACAACUGUGAGGAGCUCAUCCCAGAGUACCUGAACUUUGUACGUGGUGUGGUGGACUCUGAGGACCUGCCCCUCAACAUCUCCAGAGAAAUGCUGCAGCAGAGCAAGAUCCUCAAGGUCAUUCGGAAGAAUAUCGUCAAGAAGUGUCUGGAGCUCUUUGCUGAACUGGCAGAGGACAAGGACAACUACAAGAAAUUCUAUGAAGCCUUCUCCAAGAACAUGAAGCUGGGUAUCCAUGAGGACUCUCAGAACCGUAAGAAGCUGUCUGAGCUGCUGCGGUACCACAGCUCCCAGUCUGGAGAUGAACACACAUCACUCACAGAAUAUGUGGCCCGCAUGAAGGACAACCAGAAGUCCAUCUACUACAUCACUGGCGAGAGCAAAGACCAGGUGGCUAACUCCGCUUUUGUGGAGCGCGUCCGCAAGCGUGGCUUCGAGGUGCUGUACAUGACUGAGCCCAUCGACGAGUACUGUGUCCAGCAGCUGAAGGAGUUUGACGGAAAGAACCUGGUCUCUGUCACCAAAGAGGGUCUGGAGCUCCCAGAGGAAGAGGAGGAGAAGAAAAAGAUGGAGGAGGAUAAAGCCAAAUUUGAAAGCCUCUGCAAGCUCAUGAAGGAGAUCUUGGAUAAGAAAGUUGAGAAGGUGACCGUAUCUGUCAGACUGGUAAUAUCACCCUGCUGCAUUGUGACAAGUAACUACGGCUGGACGGCCAACAUGGAGAGAAUCAUGAAGGCCCAGGCACUCAGGGACAACUCCACCAUGGGCUACAUGAUGGCCAAGAAGCACCUGGAGAUCAACCCAGAUCACCCCAUUGUGGAAACACUCAGACAGAAGUGUGAGGCUGACAAGAACGACAAGGCUGUGAAGGACCUCGUCAUCCUCCUCUACGAAACCGCCCUGCUGUCUUCUGGCUUCUCCCUGGACGAUCCACAGACGCACGCAAACCGCAUCUACAGAAUGAUCAAACUUGGGCUGGGUAUUGAUGAUGACGAUCUUCCUGUAGAAGAGAUCAGCACUGCAGGUGUCCAAGAAGAGAUCCCUCCUCUAGAAGGUGAGGGUGAUGAAGACACAUCACGCAUGGAAGAAGUAGAUUAAGACGUCCCCAGAUCUGUAAUCCUCAACAUCAUGGUUCAGUUUGUUCAUCCUUAACUCCAGUAAGUUAUUCAUGUUGUGUGGUGGACCAGUGUCGUGUCCAGAGGACGAGUCCGUAAUAAGACAUUUUAAAGAAAAUCUGUUUCUGCUGUAGGUUCAGUGACCACACGUUCGUUUAUAAAAAAAAAAAAAAACAAACAUUUAAAUAAAAUCCUGUUGCACUGAGUUCUAAGAUGGAGUGGUUCAGUGUGUCAACAUGGCAGUGGUACAUUCCAUUAUGGGGUCGGUUUUGGAAGCUAUGGGUUGGGUUCUGCUCACGUGCAACGCUGCAUGGAGAGAGGACUUCAGUUUCUUUUGCCUGAGUCCAGGCCUCAUCUGUAUUCAGUCUUGUUUUUGCAUAAAAUAAAAGAUUUAAAACCUGAA